AUGGAUUAAAUUUUAUUGGAUGUCUAGUAAAUGACUCAAUCAAGAGUUGUUCAAAUCAAAGAUUAAGUAAUAUCUAUUCUCUAAUUCUAUUUUUAGAAUGAAAUCAGAAACUAUUUUGCUAACUUACAAUUAUCAAAUCAUUCUAUUUCAACAUUACAAUCACUUCAACCAUAAGAUCUAUCAGACCAAUUAGUCUACUUAACCAUCUAAAUUAUUGAUGUCUUAGACUAAGAUGUAUUCAUAGGAGCAGUCUAAUAAAAUAAUUAAGUCAUUAUCUACCCAUUAGGUUGUGAUGAAUCCUCUAUUGAUGGAUAACCACUCUAUUUUGAUAAAUCAUCAUAUACAGCCUGUAUCCUUGAUCCUAAUUGUCAAUACAAACCAACCAAAUCUAUUGUUACUCUCUAUUCCAAUUUCAAUGAUUCUAUCAAACCGAAAAUAUUCAACAAAUUCAACAUCCUAGCAUUUAAAUAACAAUACGAAGAAGAAAUCUAUUUCAAUGUUAUUAAAUACAUUCAACCAACAUACAAUACUUAAAACAAUAAAUUGUUACUCUAUUAAUAAUUAAUCAAUAAUUUCAAUCAUACACUUAAAGAUCCUUUGGCUUCAGAACUAUUAGCCUUACAUCUUCUUUCCUAUACCAAAUAUGAAACCUAUGCUGAUGGUGCUAGAUAAAUAUUUAAUAUUUUUGGUCUUAAUCAAAAUGAUGCUCAAUAAUUAAAAUCUAUCAUUUCAUCUAUUUAUUCCCCUACACUUUACAUUCCCUUAGAAUAUGAAUUUCUAUCUAAUAUUGAAACUCUCUCCAAAAAGAAUUUUGAUGAAAAUACCAUCUCUUAAGGAUUACUUUGUAUUCCAACUAAUAUGCACUCUUAAAUUAUUGUUGAUGAAACCUUAAUGAAAGAAGGCUAAAUUUCAGGAAAGACUUUACAAAAUCUAUAAAAUAUUCAGAAAUUCAUUUAACAUUCUAAAAUUGGAAUAGACUUUUAAUAUUCUAUGGUCGAAAUACCUGUUUAAACUAAUGUAAUCAUACUCUCUACAGGUAAGACAUUCAUAUAAACUCCUGAUUCUAUCAAGAUUAAUCAAGUUGAACCUUAAAAACUGAAUUCUAAUAUUCAAAUUGAUUAUAAUGGAUUAGAACAAUUUAUUAUUUAAGUUCAUUAAGAAUAGAUGCAAUUAAAUAUUGAUGAGGAAUUGAAGAAAUUAAUUAAUUAAAAAUACAUUGAAUUAAGACAAUAGAAUGAUUUGAAAAUUGAUGUUAACAAUUUAAAUAAUUGGAUUUUAUAGAUGAAAAUAUUGAGUAUUGUUAAAUAGGAAAACUCUAAUUAUAAUAAUUUUGAAUAUGCUGUCAAUUUGGAUUUAGAAAGAAUCAAGAGAAAUUUGUGA